CAGAAGUGCAGAGGAGAGAUGAUCCGGCAAAUGUGCAAACCUAAGUGAGACUCAGGGUUUUCUUGGAAGUGAAGAGCACCUGGUGACACGAAUAGUGCAAACUGUGAUUUACCUGAAAGAGACACAGGGGAGAACAGUGAAGAAAGUGUCCCCGCUGGGAUCUUCUAUCAAGGAACAAUAAGCAGUGAGCAGCACAUUCUUGAGGUACUGGCUGCUUGUCUUGUGUUGUGAAGACUCUAACUCUCUAUUUUUCUAAUAAUCUGUCACUGGGCAUUAUUCCAUCAUGGCUGGUAAUAAAACUGAAAGAGGAGUCAGUUGGGAGGUGCGGGCCAAUGGGCGUUGUUUUCAUGAGUCCUUGCGCCGCAAAUCAUUCCUAUGUAUCCGCUGGGGCCGUUAUGCUGACAACAUGGUGCGGAGCUACAAAUACACCCCCCUGACCUUUCUGCCCCAUAACCUGUAUGAACAGUUCCAGCGAGCAGCAAACCUUUUCUUUCUGCUUAUUGUGAUCUUGCAGUGUGUUCCUGUAAUUGCGACCAUCCCGUGGUACAGCACAAUGCUCCCACUUCUAUUCGUUCUGCUUGUGCGUGGGUUUAAAGAUUUGGCUACUGAUGUGGGGCGGCGGCGAAGUGAUGCACAAAUUAACAUGCGGCCCUGUGACAUUCUCACUCCCGAUAGUUUCAAAACAGUUAAGUGGAAAGACGUGUGCGUUGGUGACAUUCUGCGGGUUCAUAAGGACCAGGUCAUACCUGCAGACCUGCUCCUCCUGUGCAGCACUGAGCCACACAGCCUUUGCUAUGUAGAAACUGCAGACAUUGAUGGAGAAACCAACCUGAAGUUCCGUCAAGCUCUGGCUGUCACUCAUACAGAGUUGAAUGGAGAUCAAACUGAGAAAAACCUCAAAAUUUUUGAUGGUGUUGUGUGGUGUGAGGAGCCAAAUGGUAAUCUGCACUCCUUCACAGGUGAAUUGCACUGGAAAGGAGAGCGCCACCUGCUGGACAUAGACCACUUGCUGCUCAGAGGAACUGUACUGAGAAACACAGACACAGCCUAUGGGCUGGCUUUAUACACCGGCUCCGACAGUAAAAUCCUGCAAAACUGUGGCCAUCUGAAACUGAAGAAAACUCAGGUGGAAAAACUACUCAACAAAACGAUGUUGGUGAUUCUACUCUUGAUGCUGUCAACGGCUCUUCUCCUGGCUGUGGGUGCUGGGCUGUUUGAGUACAAGGUUUCCCCUCAAUUCGAUGUUCUCUCUGCCUUGCAGCGUGGCUCCUCUGCUGCCUACCUGGGCUUCCUCACCUUCUGGGGCUAUGUCAUUUUGCUUAGCCCUGCUGUGCCCAUGUCUCUCUAUAUAACAUUUGAGGUGAUCCACAUGGUGCAUUGCCUCCUGAUUGGCUGGGAUGUAGAGAUGUACUGGGAGGACAAUGAUAGCCCCGCUCAAGCACGUACUACCACCCUAAAUGAGGAACUGGGUCAGGUGGGCCACCUGCUCAGCGACAAAACCGGCACACUCACGCAAAACCGCCUGCUCUUUCGUCAGUGCUACAUUGCCGGACACAUAUACGGUGACAUGUCAAAGGAAUUCAAGCCACUAGACUUGAGCUGGAACCGGUUUUCCUGUGGUGGACUGAAGUUUUCUGACCAGCAGUUGGUGGAGAAACUUCGUAGACGGAGUAACCCUGAGUGCCAAGAGUUCUUCACUGCUCUGGCCCUCUGCCACACUGUUAUGAGCGAGUGGAAGGAUGGUUUGCCUCAGUAUCAGGCUGCCUCACCGGAUGAGGAAGCUCUGGUGUGUGCAGCGCGGGAGCUGGGCUGGGUAUUCCUGUCCCGCACACGAGACACACUCACCAUCAGUGAGUUGGGCAUCACACGCAACUAUCAGCUCCUCGCUCUCCUGGACUUCACCAGCAAGAGGAGACGCAUGUCAGUGUUGGUGCGGGAGACUGGAGGUGGGUUGAAACUGUACAGUAAAGGUGCAGAUAUUGUCAUUCUGGAGAGGCUUCAGAAGAACUGUCCACUUCAAGGCAGCACAGAGAGCGCUCUAGAGGUGUUCGCUCAGAGCUGCCUUAGGACUCUGUGUGUGGCGGUGCGCUCAGUUCCUGAAGACCUGUGGACCAAUUGGAAUCGCGCCCUUAAUCAGGCGAGCACUGCGACUGGUAACCAGGAAACUGUGCUGGAAGAAAUAUAUGAUCAAAUGGAAACAGACUUAACGCUGCUGGGUGUGACCGCCAUUGAGGACCGUCUCCAGGAAGGAGUACCUGAGACCAUCGCCACCCUGCGGAGGGCGGGAGUGAAGGUGUGGGUGCUGACAGGAGACAAGACAGAAACGGCUGUGAAUGUAGGUUAUGCGUGCAGAUUGAUGGAUCCAGACACUACCCUUAUUCAAGGGGAGGAGCUUAGGCAGCUUCUCGAGUCUCCCACUCCAGAUGUUUGUGUCAUUUCUAAAGAGCCUGAGGUUUGGAUCACAGACAAGAGAGCAGCUAAGAACAAAUCUGCACUAGUCAUCACUGGUCCUGAACUGGUAGAUCUGACCAGAAUGCCAGAAUGGGGGGCGAGGUUUGUCGCUCUGUCCAGUCAAUGCCAGUCUGUAUUGUGUUGCCGUGUGACGCCAGCACAAAAGGCAGAAGUGGUUGAGAUGGUCCGGAAGUAUUCAACUUCCAUUACCAUGGCGAUAGGAGAUGGAGCAAAUGAUGUGAACAUGAUCAAGACGGCACAUAUUGGCGUGGGUCUGUGUGGUGUGGAGGGCAGUCAAGCGGUACAGAAUGCAGAUUUUGCUCUGGCGCAGUUCAGUUUUCUUCGUAGGUUGCUGCUGGUGCACGGGCACUGGUCGUACUACCGCAUCUGCAUACUUCUGCGGUAUUUCCUCUACAAAACCACUGCUUUUGCUCUGGUGCACAUCUGGUACAGCUUCUACAAUGGCUUCAGUGCUCAGCCUAUGUAUGAGAGUUGGUUCAUUAGCCUCUACACAACUAUGUAUACAUCCCUGCCUAUACAGUGUAUGGGCUUUUUUGAACAGGACGUGAGCGCCAAGAGCUGUCUCAGCUGGCCAGAGAUCUACCGAAUUGGACAGAAAAAGAAGCUCUUCGAUCCUUUUGUUUUGGCACUCACACUCCUCUACUCUGUCUAUACCUCUAUCAUCCUUUUCUUCAUCCCGAUGGGAAUAUUGCAGUACUCUGCUAUCGAUUAUCAGACCUUCGCUGUUACUGUGGAAACAUCAGUAGUGUUCACCACCACUGUUGAGGUUAUUCUACAUACAAAAUACUGGACCAAGUUCAGCAUUGCAGCAGUUAUUUUUAGUUUACUUGUGUUCUUUCUGUCUACUUUGGCUCUCCAUAGCGCUCGUCUGUUUACAGCCUCACCUAAAGACUACUUUUUCCUGGGAGCAUCACCAAAUGCUUACAGUACUCCUGAGGUUUGGCUCACCAUAUUUGUGACUACAUGUGCUGCUGUCCUCCCUUCAGCAACCAUACGAGCCCUUGGUGUUGUGCUAACGAAACCCAAGAAACAUAAGAUUCACAGUUCAGUGAAUGAGCCUGUCGAGCUGCAGUCAUGGUUUCGGAGAGGUACGUUUCAGCGUCGUUCUUCUUAUGCGGUGUCCCAAGGGAAAGGCUUUGGAAAGUUGAUCACCUCAGGAGUUGGGCUCCCCUCUGCAGUGUCCCCACAAGACAGGAGAGUUACACCUGAUAGUUUAAAGAAAGACCAUCCACAGGGUGCACGUAGUUCUAUCGCGUGAAAGCAUCAACAGUGUAUCAUCCCCUUUUGUCUUACCACUGUGAGCAUGGUAAGGCCAAAUAAUUCACUGGGUAAAUUGCAUAAUCUCUGGUGAUCUUUAAAUAUAGAU